UUGAUCAGAUACUUGGAACUGAUAACACUGUAACAAGAAAUCCAUUACCUCGUAGAUACCAAUCAAAAUACCUUUCACAUAACUAUCUAUUGACCAAAUAUUUGUGGGCCACAUUGGCCAUGCGAUAAUGGCUAGUCGAAGUAGUGAAAAGAGACCCACUUCCUACUUCUCUUGAACUUGAUGCGCUCGAAUGAACCCACAUUCGCUACAAAUGCCCACUUUCGCAGAUAAAUCGAGCAAUGCACCCGACUAACUCCAUGACACAAUUGAUGCAUCGCAUCGCAUGGCAUCGCAUUGGAGUAUUUCCUCGAUUAGGUAUUUUCGCUUUUACCCGCUUUUUGCAAUGCGCAAUAAGUACUAGUACGGGUAUCUCUUGGAGUGUGCGAAAAUCGCUGGAGCAACCAGUUUGCAUUUUGACGUUGGCUUUUCCUUUACGUAACUCGCUGGCCGGGCACGAGCCAAAAACCAAAAUAAAUAUCAAUAAUAAACGGCGCCGCGCCAACCCAGUUAGUGGUUUUCACUUCACUUCACUCCACCUCACAUCACAUCACUUUAUUUCUUCUCCGCGGGACUGACCACCAAUUCGGUGCGGCUUGCUCCACAAAGCCGGUAGCCAGCACGUUCCAUUAUCGCACACAUCCCAUCCGGAAUGCUAAUGAACGGACAUGGUGUACCUUUGAGGAAAUGUUUAGGUUCAUGUUGAUCCGCAGUUCGUUGGCCAAGUGAACCCGUCGAAUCGGAAAUCAGAAAUCACCACUUUGUGCACAGCCAAGUUAGGACGGCCUAGUUCAAUGGAAAUUGCCUGAUUUCGAAUUCCACACAGUUUAGUUUAGUUAGGUGCUGGUGCUGGUGGCAGAUACUCAAAGUGAACUAUAAAAAGCAGCCAUGAUGAGUGGCCAGCCACUUGGCUUGAGGGUUUGGCUAGUGUCCGGAGUGCUAUUAGUGACUUUUGCUGGGACUACGAAUGCCUACGGAUUUGGACGUUGCCCGAAUUACCCAUCGAUGCCAAAGUUUAACAUGAGUCGGGUCCUUGGACACUGGUUCGAAGUGGAGCGUUCGUUUUACCUUCCUGAAAUCGCCUCCGGAUGCACCACCUUUCAGUUUGAGCCGUACAACAAGGGGGAGCUAUCCCGGUUUUCCAACUUCAAGCUGGCUGUGGCCAUUAAAAACAUUAAUCGCAUAACUGGUAAUCCGAAUGUAAACAUUGGCUAUGCGACGCCAGAAAACAGUCGAUCUUCCAUCAUGGACUUCAAGUUUACCACCCGAUUUCCGGAUGUUAUUGCAAGACUGCUGCCAGGUUCUGGAAAGUACCAGGUGCUCUACACGGACUACGAGAACUUCGCCAUCUUGUGGUCCUGCGGCAGCAUCGGCUCACUGGGCCACUCCGAUCAGAUCUGGAUUCUGGGACGUGAUCGGGACUUCGAGGUGGACGUCCGCUCCAAAGUGUACGACGUGUUGAAGCGACUCUCGCUGGAUCCGGAACGGCUGAUCAUCAGCAAAAACAAACAAUGCCCCGAGGCGCUGUAGGAGGCUCCUCUCGCGGCUCAUUCCCCAUCUAUAUGUUUAAGUUCAUUCGGUUAAGGAACAAGUUACAUUUGAUGCCUAAUCAUUUAGGCUGCUGUGAUAUCGAGGAGUGUGAAUCGGCGCAGAGAGGCGAAGCAACGCAAAUACAGAAACAAAUAAGAGUAACUCGAUCGGGAUUUUCAAUACUUGAACUCAAGGCGCGUAUUGCCAAUUAGCGCGGGUGUCCUAAUUAAUUUGCAAUAAAUAGAAUUUCCCAGUCA